UAGAACAUAUGCAUUUAUUUUGUGGAUUUGUACAUAGUUGGGCCUCAAAGCCAAUAACCAACGUGUGUCCAAGGAUUAGCUAUUGAAAAUCAUUUGCCUCAAAUCCGUGUUACUGGAGUGACUAGGAGAAACUGUAAAACUAAGUAAUACUUUAAGAACUAUCAAAAUCAAGGAAGAAUAACAAGGGAACAUCAACUCAGGACAUCAAGGUGUUAUUUGGUGGCCAACUAACAGGAAAGACCAGAGCAAAAGAGAAGAAUAUGAACCCGAUAUUCCAGGAAGAUGUUGACUUUAUACCGUCCAAAAUACUAGACAAAAAUCAUCAACAAGUAGACACGCGUGAUGACGAUGUAUUUCAUUCUGGUUCACCGUAUGAUCCUAUUGAUAAUUUACAAAAAUCACCAAGAAAAAGUGCCAUGAAAAAGUCAUCCAUAUUUGAAAAACAGAUUUCUGAAAGUGAAGCCACUCAAAGUAGAAGUAUUCCCAUUGCACCAGCACCUCCGCCUCUGCCUAACACUUCCCAAAAUUCCCAGCCCACCAUCUUUCAAGCUUCAUCCAACAAGCUAAGUCCUCCCAAAGCAAGAACAAGGAGCAGUAUAUCAUUUACUAGCGAAACAAUUGACAAUGAAGGUAAAGGGAAACGGUAUAAAAGCGAACGCUUGGAUAUUGGAAUGGCUGGACACAUGGACAAAAUACGCACAAGUAGUGACUCGUUGCAUGCAAACCAAGCAUUUAUACCGGAUGAUAAUACAAAUAUCAAAGGUGGUUUAACAGAUGAUGAAAAGGCGAAUGGUACACUUUUGGUAGGCAAAACUGACAUUAUUCAACCCGCCACCAUUUCCUCACCUCUCAACCAUGUUAAUAAAUCGCAAGAAACCAAGGUGCCAACUAUUGGAAUAGGCGUAAUUAAAGUGCCUCCGUUUAUGAACAUAGCAAGUGUUACUGUAACAGAUCCAUCCGUUGAUAUACAAGUUAACAGAACACCACCAACUAUCGGGGGGACACCCUCGUACAACACAUCUCAAAUAACUCAACUCCCGUCAACAGACCAACCCCAUGUCGUCAUGCAAACCAACGACAUAUACCUAGAGAAUAACCCAUUCCAGAAUGGCCAAAUGGCCCUAGCUAACAAUAAUGGGAUAACUACUGGCAAUACGGGUUUCACAAAGAGCUCACAGAAUGAACAAAAUGCUCUUGAAGAAAACUCCCAAUAUAGGCGUCUCGUGAGCAAAGUGGAACAGAGAAAGCGCCAUCUAAAGGCAUGCAAAAUCACGUGGUUUCUCAUAGGACUGAUUCUACUUGUAGUCAUUGUUAUAGUGAUUAUCUUUGUCCUCUUAAGACGUUAUGGACGCAUAUGAGGUAGUUAAAGGGGGCACUGGGGCAGGGGAUUUAUGUGUCUUAUACAUGAGCAAAAAAUUAAUUGCAAACUGGAAUGACAUCAUACUAAAAGAUAAUGUAUUAUAGUUUAGAUACUUGUGAGGGCUGCCCAUAUAGUCAUUAUUGAAAUUCCUUCCUUCGCUUCCAUGGAAAUUGAGCCCAUAGUCUUGAUUCUAGACCCCCCCCCCUAUAAUCUACUUCAAUAAGUAUUUUUGAAGUAGAGAGAGGUCUUGAAUUCAGACUUUUGAGCCCGAAAAUGAUGCCUAUCUAGGAGAAGGAAGCGCUUUCGAAAGCUGAUCCCAAAAUGAGGCCUGUAUAAAAGAUGUUCGCCCAUGAAUGCAUUGGAUGGAUCGGUCUCAAAUAUAUGGAUGAUAUCCAAUCAUUUUAAUGGUUACCGAGUUGAUAUCGACGAUCUCCUAGUGUGGGCGCAUGCAGCGAGAUGGGGCAUGAGUGGAUUACAAUAUAAAGGGUGUCAAAUGAUAUUUGUCCUCCCAUAGUUGCAUAUCAUAAACUAAGCUCAUAUGUUAUAUACCAUUGGAAAGAUCUGUUAAGCUUGAAUAAAAUGAGCCCAAGGCUUUUACUUGAAGCGUACUGGUGUAGUAAUUACUAAUUUAACGUCUUGCAGCCACCAUUUUAAACCAUCUAGUAAGUAACCUAAAUCUUUCUUUGUGAAUAUAAAGUUUAUAAUUUGAAUUAUUUAAAAUAUGCCUGGUAGAUCAUAU